AUGGCAAACCUAUUGUUACAACUAGAUCAAACGUCAAAAGAUAGUUUCUACACAACUGAUACACUCACAAAUGGCUCUAAGCAAUGGUUGACGGACGCACAGCAUAUUGAUGAUGAUGACAUUGAUCCUUCUCUUUCUCACCAUAUGCACGUCAACGUCACUGAAGCGGAUGAGUAUUCCUUCUCCCCUACCAAUAAAGUUUGCUGUUGUAGCCAUAACAACCGAUACAGCAUCUAUCAAAGAUAUAAAUCUCCUUUUCCUUACAAUUCAUCAUUAAAUUAUUACUAUAACACAGCAACAGCAAUCACAGCUACAAGUAGAGCAACAGCCACAGCGACAACUACCACUUACAAUGAGGAUAUCUACUAUAUAGACUUUCAUGGGCAAAUGAUGAGGAGCAAUAAUCAUCAAAAGCUAUUUGAUCCUCAUAUUGAUGAUUUCGAUAUUGUGCGAGCCAAAGUAACUGGUAUUACAAGAGCCAUGCAGCAGUAUCAUGUUGACGAACUGGAGCAAGAGCACGAGCCUCUGCUUUCGCCAAUACCUUCCUCGAUUAAUACAGGAAGCAUUGAUCAAUUAGACUCAUCAAGCAUCCGGCCGCUAUCUCCUCUGAGCAUACUGUGUCCAACAACCAACUCACUUGUACAGUCUCGAGUGUUGGAAGAGAUAAAUGAUGAUGAAUACCAACUAGAAGAUGAACAAGCAUGGCACGCUGAAUUUCUCAAUCUCAUGUCGACGUUGAUUACUCACUCCGAGAGUCUAGAAAAUAUAUCAACAGAGUUGCUGAGGACAGAGGGCAAAGUGAGAGAACUCGUUUUACUUCAAAAAUCCAUGCUAGAGGAAUACGAGGAAAGAGAGAAAUUAUAUCGAAACAGAUUGAACGAAUGUGAGCAGGUCGCACAACAGCAGCAACAAUUGAUGGAUCAUCUUGUGGAACUCGAUAGAGAUUUAGAUCUUACUGGUCAUGCUACUGAUAGAAGCAAAACGUCAAAAGCCAGCAAGCAACGGAUGACUCUAUCUGCUACCACAUCAACGACUACUACCACAACGACAUUAUCACCUAUUUAUCGUUGGCAAAGUUCAGAACAGAGCCGACAGCCAAGAAACAGGAGAAGCACCUAUGAUAGCUGUAGUAGUAAUAAUGUAUGCAUGCUAGAUCAUCAGUGCCAACAGCAAUGGGACUUUAAUCAGCCCGUCAAAGACAUUGUCCAUAUCAACUCGAUGCAAGAUCUCGUUCACACGUUACGUUGGGAAGUAGGAUUACGGAUUGGAGGGGGCGUGGGCACCGGCCAUGUGAUUCAUUCCUUUGAAGGCCCAUUAAAUGGUAUCGAGCUAAUCAUUGCUGGAUCAGGAACUAUUGCAACCACAGCUGCUGUCGAUGAAUUAUCAUCCUCAUCCUCAUCCUCAUCAACAGUAGCACCUUUAGCCCCCUUUUCUUUGGGCACAUGGAACGAGGAUUAUACAAGACAAGAGUCCUUUACAUUAUCUUCGUCCAUACAGCACCUUCGAUUCCAUAGACACCAUUACAUGCUCCAUAUCAAUCGACACGAUCGCAAUACCCUCUUCAAGCUACUACCGAAAAGCCAAUGGGUGCCUGAUCAGCAAUCAAAUCAGUGCCAAUUUAAAACCGCAGCAGCAUCAUGUAUCACUCAAUUUGGUCUAUUCCAACGAAGACAUCAUUGCAGAAGAUGUGGCAUCCUUGUUUGCCAGAGGCACAGUUUGAAUAGACUGCCUUUAUUUGCUUCCAUGAAACCUAUAGAAAAAUGGCAUCGAGUGUGUGAUGGCUGCUUUUACGAUUUAAUUAUCAAAAAGCAGCAGCAGGCGUCUACUCGUGAUUCUGCAGCAGACCUGACUGAAAUUUGUUAG